AUGGCCCGACGGUACGAGAUUGAGGAGCUGCUAUGGCUACGCUCAUCGCCGCUCGUCGCCAAGCCACCCGGCCUGCCUCCGAUUGAAGAAUGGAUGCCUCAACCUGACCCAACCACCCAGCGCAAACAACAAAACCCCCGUGAUCAUAAUAAUCCAUCGGAAACAUCCACGAACCGAAGACCUAGCUUUUUCGAAGCUCGCCAUAUCUCUCGAGGAUCCAAUUCAGAAGAUAUUAUUCUUGGUCCUCCAAAGACUGCCUUUGCGUCAUCUCGUAUUGGUGGGAAAGGUUCGUCGGAUCUGACAGACCGGUCAUCGCGGCCACAUGAUUCCGACGACCCAAAAAACGAUCGCUUUAAUUUCAGAGAUCGAUUCUUCAAGGAUCGCGAUGCACCGGAAAGAGACAUCGACCGACGAGAUGGAAGACCGGGUCCCCUGAAUGGCCGCCGUGGGGAGAAGGAGGACUGGAAUGCCGGACGCCCGCGUCGCACGUUCGGCCCCGAUGACCCGGAUCGCAAGCCCCGACGCAAUGGUGAAUUCGACCGCUGGGACAGUAGGGACCAGCACAAUGAGCGAGGUGCUCGGGAUAAAGAAGGCCGCUUCCUUCGGAAAGACGGUCAGCCGGGGCGAACCAAAUACGAUGGCAGCUGGUUUCGAGACGAAAACACCCAUGAUGGCCAGGAUGCCGAUGACGAUAAGCCACCGCUACGCAACCGAGAAUGGCGCCGUGAUCGACACGGUGCCGACCGCGACUGGAAUCGCGGAGCAAAAUUCGAGCAGGAGCCCGAAUGGCUGGAUACCAACGAUCGAGACGAACCACGAAGAGCACAUACUCAGGAAGACUUCGAGCGCUGGAAGGAACGCAUGAAGGCUGGCUCGAGUGCUGCCCCUCCGCAGGCUCAGGCACACGCCGAAGAAAAGAGUGCUAGUGUUUCAAAUACCGCUUCGCAAAAGCUCGAGACCCGGCGGACCGACGGCGAGAUCUUCAGCUCGGGUCCUUCUUUAAUGGCGGAUACCUCGAUGGAGCGAUUCUUUGGUCUACUGGGAGAUACGAAGCCGCCAGUCCCAGACAUUGGCACUCCAACCCCAGUGGAUUCCGCCGCCAAGAAGGAAGUCCUACCAGGGAAGCCAGGGAAGUCAUCUCGAUUCGCGGGGCUGUUCAGUCCUCCGCCCGAGAGCUCUACCAGAGAGCCCGAGUUGAAUGCUGGGCCCAAGCCUCCCCCCAUCGACAUGCCUGCUCCACCGUCCGCCAACCCACAAGAUGCUGAUCAAGAAGGGUUCCAGCGCAUUCUUCAGAUGCUUGGUGGUGGUCGCUCCAAUAAUGCCACUCCUCACCAAGCUGAUGUGCCGCAACAGUCGCGUCCGUCUUCUUUUGCGCAGCCUGAGCAGCCGCGCGCUGUGCCUGCGCUAUCCCCACCCGCCAGAGAACCACCCAGCCGACAGGAUUAUAUGGGUUCGGCACCGGAAGCUCUUCUGACCCAGGCCGGAAAAGAUCCCCAGGCUCGCGAGAGAGAUCAUCUGCUCCGGCUGAUGCAGCAAGUCCGAGUCGGCCCUUCGCCUCCGGACAAUCCUGCCCUACAGUCCCCAGGUGCCGGCCCGGCUCCUCCACCAGGGUUGAUGCCUGAAGUUCUGACUCGACCUCCGGGCCUGCCAGCCCAGAAGGCACCCAACUUCUUGGAUGACCCCGCGAUUGCCAACAUGCAGCGGCCAGACAGUGAGCAGCUUCGCCGACGAGCUGCCAACGGGCCUCCGAUGGGGUACUUUGAUGACAUACCCUUCCCUCAGGGCAACCGGGGCCCUAUCACCCCGGGUGGCUCACGGCCCAUCCAAGCUCCCACUCAGCCUCCGAUGGGCCUUCAGCGACCCCCGGGUCUUGAGAAUAUUCCUCCUCCGGGAUGGACAGGUCAUCCCGUGCCCCAGCAAGGCAAUGGGCCAAGUCCCAUGGGGCCCCCGCCUGGAAUCCCGACCCCGAAUCGUGGCAUGAACCCGAACUUCCCGCCGGGCAUGCUGCCCCUGCCUGGUAACGCUCCUCCUCUCAGCGAACGCCAGGCCUUUCCUCGUGGGCCCCCUCCUGGCAUGAUGCCACCGCCGGGUUACAUGAAUGCUCCCCCUCCUCCUGGCUUCCCUCCCAUGCCACCGAAUCCGGAGGCUAUGUUGGGACUGGGCCCGGGCAGCCAGGGUCCAUUUGGACCCGGAAACCCGGGAUCUCAGGGACCCCCUCCUUCGUCCAGACACUUGCUGGAAAUGUUUGGUCAGUCCAACGGCGGUGACGCCCGUGGCGGCAUGGUUGGCCCCGGCCAAUUCAGGUAA